AUGUGGAUAUUGCCGCUUCUUGGAUACAUUGGCGUAGCGCUGGGGUUUGCCUUCCUGACGCUGGCUAUAGCCUCGGGACUGUACUAUCUCUCUGAGCUCGUGGAAGAACACACCGUAUUUGCAAAGAAGCUACUGUACCGCUUGAUCUAUGGUGUUGUUGCUCUGCAGGUGCUGUUGGUGGUCGUCGACCGCUUCCCCAUUGGAUUGAGCGUACUCAGCGUGGUGUCGCAUGGCAUCUACGCGCAGAAUCUGAGACGCUUUCCAGUGGUAAAGCUGACGGAUCCGCUGUUCUUACUAUCGUGUGCCCUCGUCAUUGCAAACCACUACCUUUGGUUUCGCCACUUUAGUACUCCCCCUCCGAGUUCGCCAUAUAACCCCUAUGCACACAACAACAACAUUCCUACCUUCACCGAGAUCGCAUCAUAUUUUGGCCUAUGUGUCUGGCUUGUCCCCUUCGCCCUCUUCGUAUCCUUGUCUGCCGGUGAGAACGUUCUGCCAUCCAUGGGCUCCGAAUACGCGACUGGGGAGGGCAGCAGCUACAUCAGUCCAGGUGUACCAUCGGUGAGCUAUGGUGGCGGUGUUGGAGCUGGACCUGGAGGCGCCAUGGAGAGCAAACGGAGGGCGAGGAGCGGCACGAACGCGGGCAUGGCCAAGGCCGUUGUAACAGGUGUAAAGGAGUGGGUAGGAGAGACUGGAGAGGUAAUGGGCUUCUGGAAAGGCGAGAGGACGAGGCCGACAUUCUAA